CACACACAACGCUCGUAUAUAAAUCGCGUUCGUUUCGAUACUUUCAAAUCAUUUCUGUUGCUGUGAGCAUUUAAGUCACGACGUAACGGGUUUUAGUUUUGUAUUCCUUUUCCACAAUCGUCGGAGUAAAGCUAGCUUAAUUCUCCAAAAUGCGUGAAUGUAUCUCUAUCCAUGUUGGGCAAGCCGGUGUGCAGAUUGGCAAUGCUUGCUGGGAGCUGUACUGUCUGGAACACGGCAUCCAGCCCGAUGGCCAAAUGCCAAGCGAUAAAACCAUCGGUGGUGGCGAUGAUUCAUUCAAUACCUUCUUCAGUGAGACCGGAGCUGGGAAGCAUGUUCCCCGUGCAGUCUUUGUUGACCUGGAGCCAACUGUAGUCGAUGAGGUGCGCACUGGAACAUACAGGCAACUGUUUCACCCAGAGCAGCUGAUCACCGGCAAGGAAGACGCGGCCAACAACUAUGCUCGUGGUCACUACACCAUUGGCAAGGAGAUUGUUGACCUAGUGCUGGACAGGAUCCGCAAACUGGCCGACCAGUGCACUGGGUUGCAAGGUUUCCUGAUCUUCCACAGCUUCGGUGGAGGUACUGGUUCUGGCUUUGCUUCCCUCCUGAUGGAACGUCUGUCUGUUGACUACGGCAAGAAGUCUAAGCUUGAGUUUGCAAUCUACCCAGCUCCUCAAGUCUCUACUGCUGUUGUUGAGCCUUACAACUCCAUUCUUACAACUCACACCACCCUUGAGCAUUCAGAUUGUGCUUUCAUGGUUGAUAAUGAGGCCAUCUAUGACAUCUGCCGUCGCAACUUGGAUAUUGAGCGUCCUACCUACACCAAUCUCAAUCGACUGAUUGGGCAGAUUGUCUCGUCCAUAACAGCUUCCCUGCGUUUUGACGGUGCCUUGAAUGUAGAUCUGACAGAGUUCCAGACCAACUUGGUACCUUAUCCUCGUAUCCACUUUCCAUUGGUGACCUAUGCACCAGUCAUCUCAGCAGAGAAGGCUUACCAUGAGCAGCUAAGUGUUGCUGAAAUCACCAAUGCCUGCUUUGAGCCCGCCAACCAGAUGGUGAAGUGUGAUCCUCGCCAUGGUAAAUACAUGGCCUGCUGCAUGCUCUACCGUGGUGAUGUUGUCCCUAAAGAUGUCAAUGCCGCCAUCGCAACCAUCAAGACCAAGCGUACCAUCCAGUUCGUCGACUGGUGUCCAACUGGCUUCAAGGUGGGCAUCAACUACCAGCCACCCACUGUUGUACCUGGUGGUGAUCUGGCCAAGGUGCAGCGUGCCGUCUGCAUGCUGAGCAACACAACCGCCAUCGCUGAGGCCUGGGCUCGUCUGGAUCACAAGUUUGAUCUGAUGUACGCCAAGCGUGCCUUCGUCCACUGGUACGUUGGAGAGGGUAUGGAGGAGGGUGAGUUCUCUGAAGCCCGUGAAGAUCUAGCUGCCCUGGAGAAGGAUUACGAGGAGGUUGGAGUAGAUUCAGUUGAAGGCGAGGCUGAGGAGGAGGGUGAAGAAUACUAAACUAACUGAAUUCAAUCAAAUCAUCACCAACUGACCCAUGAUUUUUCAAUAUGUUGAUUUAAUAUUUCAAUUGAGUUUACCAAAAAAAAAAAACAUUUCUUAUGUUUAAUGCUUUUUACACUUUUUACAAUUUUCAAGGAAAAGUGAGGGGAAAAAAUGGAAAUAAUAUUUUGAGAAAAUACAGAAAAUAUAACUUGAGUCAAAUUUUAAACUAAAGACAAACUGUACUUAAACCCAAACGUUGAACAAU